CGUGAGCUAUCUCCCAACUCAACUCUGGUCGCCAUCUUUGAUUCUCAACUCUAUGUUGUGUAUCAGGCAAUGAGUGAACAGUUUUGACUUGUUAGAGGUUGUUUCAUUAAAAAGUUAAAAGUCAUUACUCUUUGCCGCUAUCUUAAUUAAAAAUGAGUUUCCAUUUGGAAUCCGUUAAACCACGGCCUACUUGUUCAAACAGCACUUCCGUUAAAGAUGAGAUCUAUGGACUCCCAAACCCUCUUGUUUCUCAAGCAUCUGCGAGGGCCAAAAUAGGAAUAUCUCACCCUUUGGAAUCAUCUGAGCGGAAUUAUCACAAGAACAAAAGUCGCAUGGAGAUGAUUAUGUUAAGAAACACCCAAGGACUACACGCUCCCCUUCGUCUCGCUAUGGAACUUAAAGCUACGGAACAAAUCGGGAGACUUCCUUUUUUGCCCUCAAGUGGAGUCAUGAGGGAUGUUAUACUUGGUCGUGAUGAACAAAUUGGGUUCGAAGACAUUCUGAACACGGCAGAAUUCAGAGAGCAAAUGUGCCAGCCUCAUGCCGUAAUGGAGAAAAAUCUUGGGAUCUUGUAAACCGCAUUCUUUUUAAAUGUUUGUUAAGUGCUGGAAACUUUGUCUUAAUGUCGCUGAACCUUUAAUAAUUGUAAGUGAAUAACAUUUAAAGUUACUUGCAUAAGAUGCGGUGCAACGAA